GUCGCCAAGGAACUAUCCAGAGUCGGUGGCGAUUUGGACGAAGGGCGGAGGAACUCAGCGAAUUGCAUCACCGUGGGUGUACAGGGACCACGAUGAUGAGGGAAUAUGGAAGUGCUACGCGUGCGGUGGCAAGGAGAUGUGCGAGUCGCACGCCCAGUCAGAGAAACACGCUCAGAAAGUUUGGUAUUAUUGUUUCGGCUAUGGCAAAAAGCAUGGGCCUGGCAAGCUCAUGAACGCGGUGGAGUCCAGCGUCCGCCACAACAACAAUUUCGCGUAUCCAGGUCGCGGGGCCGUCGGCACCGCGUCCAUGCUCGAGCCGCAGGGGGGCGGCGACCAUCGAGGAGCUCAAGCGGCGGCGGCGGCUGAGGAAGUCCCGUCGGGCACUCGGUGGGCCGCGGCCGCGGCUGCCGCGAGGCAGCAGGGGGCGGGCGAGGCGGAGGUGACGCUCGUGGAGAGUUUCAAGAUGGACAGCAACUCGAACUCGUCUCAGAUCGAGCUCGGGCCGUCCAUAGACCAGAAGCUUGACGGGGUGAUCGCGUUGACGAGUACCAUGGGGCAGAUCAUGGACAAGGCGACGAAGCUCAUCGAGAAGAUCGAUAGCUCGGCGGCCGACCAGAAGGGGCCGACGGUGGAGGCCAAGAUCGACGAGGUGAAGCAGAGCUUCGAGUCUGCGUUGAAGACGCUCGAGGCCAAGAUCGGAGAGGUGAAAAACAUCGCCGAGAAGCAGUCGAAGCAGUCGGAGCAUACCAUUAAGAGUAUGAAGGAGUACAAGCAGGGCAUGGAGGGCAAGCUCGACGAGGUGAAGACGUGCUUCGAAAGCCAGGUGCCAACUCUGACGGCGCAGAUGGCCGAGGUGAAGACGAGCUUCGAAAGCCAGGUGCCGACGCUGGAGGCCAAGAUCGACGAGGUGAAGAGCGAGGUGAGGAGCAGCUUCGAUACUAAGGUGCCGAUGCUGGAGACGAAGAUCGACGGGGUGAGGAAGAGCUUCGAGUCCAAACUGCCGACGCUCGAGGCCAAGAUCGACGAGGUGAAGCGCAGCAUCGAUACGAAGGUGCCGAUGCUGGAGCAGAAGAUCGACGCGCUGACCGAUCAGAUUCGGGCCCUGUGCGAGCCUGGGACGCCGUCGCAGGUCUACCCGCAGG